GACCAUAUAAUUCUUUCCAAGGAUUCUUUGAAGAAGCUAUGCAACGAUUGGUUUCCAUUAAGUUUCAAAUCUAUUUCUGAAAUUAAUUAUACAAAGCUGAAUUCGAUUUCAUUUCGCCUUAUCGGAUGUUAUGGAAAUCAUGCUUUGAUAGCAAAAUUCUUAUUAAAUAAUAAAAUUAUCAACCAAAAAAUUCAUAACUUACUUACAGAUUCACAAUCUUCCAUGGAAGAUGUGAAUAAACCUUCUUUACGUCCAGGUAUUUAUUUAUUAGUUGUGAACCCAGAUUUAGGUUUAGUUAUUCAUUGGCCUGAAAACGGUUGCUAUGAGGAAAAUGCUUCCCCGCAAAAGAAACAAAAUAUGAUUAAUUUUCAUAAAUAUUUGACAAAUCUUACUGAUCAUCAGCUUUGCUUUAUGAUCGAUAAUGAUCUGGAAAGUUUUGAUUGGAAUUUAAACAAUCCUGAUCUCAAUACAAGUGAUGAAAAUGAAUCAUGUUAUGAAUUUGAAGUCAAGAAAAGUCAAGAAGAACAGGAUGACUUCGAAGUUCAUGAUGGUUUUAAGGUGAAUUUAUCUCUUAAAAUCAAAACCGAUAUGAACGUUAAUCAUCAAUACGAUGUACCUUUGUAUCCGAUUGUGGUUGAAUCAACUACGAAUCAAUCAUUCAUUACUAGAAAGAUGGUGAAAAAAUUAAGUAAAAACGAUUUGACUUUUUCGGCUGCAUCAUUUUCAACUGAACUUUGUAAAAUACUUCAAGAGCGUAGUUUAUACAUUGAUCGUAAAUCGAUGGAUAUGAAACAAUUGGAAUUUUUGAUAAAAAAUGGAUUCAAAGCAGAAACCAAACUUUUGAAACCAUUUGAUGACGCAAUAGAUGCUGCGAAAUCACGAAUGAAAAAGAAGAUUGAUCAAGCAAAACGUACAAUGGAAGAAGAUGCAGAAAUUAUUACUAGGAUGGGUUGGAAGAAAUCUUAUAGCAUAUUUGAGACAUUUGUUGAUAAAGAUCUUUUUGACAACUCGGAAAAUGACGAUAAAGUUAUUGAAGAAGAAGAAAUUAAUAGAAUUCAGUCAAAAUAUCCAGAGGUUAAAGAUAUGAUAAAGAAAAUUAAAAUUAAUUCUCCUGAUUGGAUUAGGUUGAAAAAGAGAUAUGCAAUGGCAUAUCUCGUCAUAAAUAAUGUUUAUAGAUUAUUGAAUAAUAAUAUAAAAAGAUCAGAAGAAAUUAUAGAACGUGCAAUUCAAGAAUUUUAUAGUAUGUUCAUUGAUGUAGAGACUGACACACAUAAAUUGGUUGAGAAAUAUGAGCUGCGAUCACGGGAUUUCUUUUCGAGCCUCUCUACGAGUUCUAGUGUUCCCCAAUCGAAAUCACAGGAGAAGCUUACUUUUGAUAAACUACGUAUCAAUCAGACCGACGAACAAUCUAAAAGAUUUAUUCUUACUAAAUCAGAUUCUGAGUUUGUCCAGGACAUUAUUAAUUCACAAUUUUUUGCAAAGUUAAAUCAUAUAAGACAAGAUGUAUUAGUAGUAUUCUCAAAUGAAUACCAAAAUUGGAGAAAAGAUAAUUUUCCAAAUAGCGUUAAAGAAAUGGUUCCAACAUUUUCUUUUAACAAGCAAUUAAUGGAUAAGAUAAACGAUGAUUUUUCUCGUGAGAAGAAAGAAAUUGAGAAUCAUGAACUUGAAAGAAUAUGUUAUGAAUUAGAAAAAGGUCACCGUGAUGGACUACUACGUUUGAACCUGUCAAAUAUAUCAAAUGUUACAGAUAUAACAGAUAAAGAACGACAAUUCUGCUUAAAUUAUGAGUUAGAGACAAAUCGAUUGCAAAUAACUAUUUACGAAACAUUGUUAGAUAAAUCGGAUGAUUCUCAUGUUCAAGAUGAUGAGUCUUAUGUACCAAAUCUAAUUUUAUCUUCAGAUUUUUCUACUGGUCAAUAUGGUGUUGAUUUUAUGAUUGAUCCUACAAUCUACGAUUUCAGAAAAAUAUCUCAAUUCGAAAAUUGUAAAUUCCUUCUUGUGCUUUACAAUAAAAACAAGAAACGAGUUGAAAUAUUCUUUGAUACCGCUCAACAAUUGGCACGAAGAUUUAAAAAAUCUGAUUCAAUCAAACCAAUUAAAAUAUUGAAUAUAAAUGAAAAUUUCCUUGUUGCAGUUAAUGAACCAAAAGAAUUAAUUGCUAUAUUUGAUACAAAUAGAACUAUGUUGAAUGUAUACUCUUUUAGUGAUGAUCAAACAAAUUUAUAUGCACGAAAUCCAGAUAUCGAAUUAUUACGAUGUUAUAAUGAUAUGGUUCCAGAUAUUCAAUAUUUCUUAUUUAUUAAGGAUACCGAAGAACUUUGUUUUGUUGAGAAAGGUGGUCAAGCACGAAUUUUUAACCUUAUAAAUCAACGAUUUCGACCUGCAGUUAGUAAAUUUCCAUCAAAUACAGCAAAUGUUUUAAGUACCCCGGAUGGUUCUUGUAUUGUGGCUUUCGUAAAAGAAAAAGUUUAUGACGAUGAAAUUGCUGACAGUAGAGGAAAAGAUAUUUGUCGCGCUUAUGUUUAUUUUUGUGCAAAUUUUGGAGGUUCCGUUAGUAAAGUUGUUAAUUUACCACAAAACCUUGAAUCCUUAGUAUUCUUACAAUUCACUCGUGUGAAUAAAUUACAAACUCAUUUGUUAUCAUUUGAUUUACCGGAUGGAUAUUUAACCUCUGCAAUAGUUAAAGUUACUAUGGAGAAAACUCAUUAUCAUAUCCAAGAACGAACGCAAAAGCAAUCAACUGGACGUGUAAAAUUAGUUGAUUCUUCUCAUAAGAAUGUCGAUUGUACCAUUGUUAAAGGAAAAGGUACUCAUUUUGAGAAAACUAUUCAAAAGGGCCAAAAUAUUGUUAUAAUGGGAGAAAGAUAUAAUGUGGUCAAAGUUCUUUCUGACACAAAGUUGAGAGUUUCUGGCAAAUUUAAAUCAACGAACGUAACUGAUAAGUGGGCAGAAUUUUAUGUUGAACCUAUUGAAUCGAAAACAAAGUCGAAUUAUCUUAUCGAUGUUUAUAAAUUAAUGGUUGAGAAAUAUCCUAUUGAAAAUUGUAUAGAUCCUCAACAAAAUCAUCCUUUUAACUUAAAAAUUGUCCUUGAUAUUGAUGAAACUAAUGAUAUUGAUAUUGAAGAAUAUACGGAAAGAUUUGAAAAUUAUGUAAUCGAGAGCUUAAGGCAUUCUGUAAAGAAAUUCGCAGCAAUAUUAAAGAAAUUUUCCGUACCAGUAAUUACUUUCCAAGAACUUGAUAUUGAUGAUGUGAGAUUUCUAAGUAAAUAUUCAUCAUAUUACGACCUAGGAGAAUGGAUGAUUAAACUUUGUUGUCUAAUUCCCAUACAAAUUGCUGUAACAAAAAAUAAUUCGUUUCAACUUCUUAAAGAUGGAUUGUCCUGGGAUGAAGGUCGGGUCGAAUUUGAUAAUGGUUAUGGCCAUUAUAUAGAUAGUAUAGCAAAGAGUAUAUCUUUUGGAUGGUACGAAGGAAUUUUCAAAUAUUUUGGUAAUAAAAAAAUCAAAGUUGUUUCUACCAUGGGUGAACAAUCAUGCGAAAAGUCACUUAUGUUGAAUCAUCUUAUCGGGACCUCAUUUGACGAGUCAGCGAUGGGUUGUACUGAAGGUAUAUGGAUGUCAUUAGUAUACACGAAGAAAUAUCUUUAUGUCGCACUUAAUUUUGAAGGUCAAAAGAGAACUCCACAAGAAGACUUGUUUUUAAUGCUUUUUAAUACAAUCGUUUCAAAUCUCAUUCUCUUUAAGAAUCAACCUGAUGUAAAUAAAGAUACGUUAACAAUGUUUCAAAAAUUUCAAGAUGGUGCAUUGUUUUUCGAGUCAGGUUCAAAAAUUCCUCAGGCAAAACUGAGUAUUGUUUUAGAUGAUGCUCCUAAUGCUAGCAAAGAAGACAUCGUUAAAGAAUUUAAGUCAAACCUCUCUCAAUUUGUUUUAGAGGAAGGUGAAGGUAACUUUAUGACAAAAAUGUACAAAGGAAAAAUGGAUAUUAUUUCUUGGCCGGCGUUCAAUGAUGCUGCAUGGUUUAAAAACUUGGAAAAUGUCAGUAAGAAGUUAGCUAAGCAGGAAGAAAAACACGAAAAUGCUAGGACUUUCUUGCAAAAUACUAAAGUAGUUAUGGCUAAAUUGAAGAUAUGUGAUUGGAGUUCAUUAGAAGAAACUCUCAUGCAGAUCCGUAUUGCGACAUUAAAAAGGUUGCUUCCAACUGUUAUUUCUUGUGGCUUGGAACAAAAAGAUUAUGUCACCAGAGAACUUAUGAAUUAUGAUACUGAAAAACCAAUUGAUGAUCCAAUAGUCAGCCUGUCCGACAUUUUAAAUGACUUCAAAGAAUCGGCUAAAAUAUUACCAGAUUCCGAUAUUCAGUUACUUGAUGAAAAUGGGGCUUUUGAAGAAUUUUUUGAUAAUUUAAGAAAAUACUUUGAAGACGUUGUACAAUCGCGAAAAGAAUCAUCUGAUGACAGCAAAUGGUUUGCCAACUUUGACAAAUUCAUCAAGUACGUUAUUGAACGACGUGUUUCACGUGUUAAAGAAUGGUACUUACAGAAUACUUCCAAGUUUCCACAAGAUAAUAAUGACAUUGUACAUGAAAAAUAUGCAAUGGAACAAGAAACAGACAGACUUACACUUUUAUGGAUUUUAUGUGGAUCAACAUGUCAUCGAUGUGGUUUAAAAUGUGUCAAAAAUCGUGAUCACGAAAAUAAUCACGAUUGCUUGACUGAUCAUAAAUGCCAUUUUAUUUGUAAUUUUGAUGGAACCCACAACAGAAAAUUGGUUCCAAAUUGUAUUUAUAUAGCUGGUCAUGAAGGAAAACAUGUUUGUGAUCAAAAUCAUUUAUGUGGUGAACCAUGCAAUCUUAUCGAUAAACUCAAUUGUCAGAGAAUUUGCUCAAAGGAAAUUGGACAUGACGGUGAACAUUUAUGUGAAUCAACACUCCAUUACUGUGGAGAAGAUUGCUCAUUAUCAACAUAUACUCAAAAAGGAGAUUAUCGUUGCCCUAAUAAAUGUGUUAUGCCAUAUAAUGAAGAACAUGAUUCACACCGUUGUGAGAAUGAAACUUGUCCAAUCCAAUGUCCAAUUCCAAGUUGUCAGAAAAGAUGUCAAAGUAAUGAUCACUUCCAUUCGUAUUCUGACUUAAUGGUUGAUCAUUUUUGUGGAAAUGAGCAUCUGUGCCAAGAAUUUUGUGAAGAUGAUGGUGUUUGUAAAGUUGUAAUUGAACCUAAACAGCAAAUAACCCGUACAAAGUAUAUUCAAUCAAAUGAAAAAUUAAAAUGCAGUAAAAAAAUACCUCCGAAUGAAUUUGAACAUAUCGGAAAACACACUCAUAAAGAAGAUGGAUUUCAUUAUUGUAACGUGAAGUGUAAAUACUGUGAAUAUUAUUGUACGUUGCCUUAUGGACAUACACAAAUUCAUGAAACAAGACAUGGUAAUAUGAAACCGAAUGAAUUCACAAGUGAUGAUAAUUUUGAAUUUACAGGACAAGAAGUUCUUUGUAAUUUAAAAUGUAAAGGUUUAGGCAGACAUCCUCAUGUUGAUUAUUGUCAAAAUGAAGAAAAUUGUAGAUUAGGAAAUCAAAGAAUUGAUAUACAACAUAUUGAUGAACGAGCUCAUCCCCAUCCUGAUAGACCAAAAGACUUAAUUUCCCAUAAACUUUAUUGGGAGCGAACAGGUUUCAAAGAUCCUUAUUCUGUUCAAGAACAGAAGGAAUUUGCAAAAUGGAAUCAUGAACGUAUGGAUUAAAAUUAAUUCCAAACAUAGGUAAAUUUUGUUAUCAAACGUUAAUAUGAUUCAAAAACGAGUCGCAUCUAACCCCUUUAGAAAUGUAUUUCUGAAUACAAAAUCUUAUUUUCAAAGAAUUAUUUGAACAGAUGAAAAAUAGUAUAUACUCGUUAUAAGUUAAUUCAAAUAGUAAGUGUAUAGUUUUAAAAUAAUAAUUAGAAUUUAGAAUUUUGGAAAACGGAGAUUUAAGAAGUUAAAAUCUUAUAACAAAUUAUAUUUAUAUCUUUUUAAAAAUAAAUAC